AUGUAUAAUGUUUCUAGAACUGUUUCCUUGUUUUGGAAAAGAAUUAGGUUUACGUCAAUAUGUUUGUCUGUUUUUGGAGUUGGAUCUUUAUAUUAUUAUGUUUCAAGUCAAGAGAAAGAUUAUUUGAACCAAGAUUCUUAUUCUUCUUGUAUAAUUCGUAAGGUUCGCCGUUUAUCUGCUUCAACAUGUUUAUAUGAACUUGAAUUUAAUCGUCCGUCUAAGCAUUUUGAAGAUUUGCCGAUUCAGAGUGUUUUAUUGAAGAAUUCUGAUAUGCAGAUACAACGUCACUAUACUCCCAUUUUUCUUGAUCCUUCUAGUGUUGUUUUGCUUGUUAAAUGUUAUGAAGAUGGAGAAGUGAGUCGUUGGAUUCAUAAAAAAUGUAUAGGUGAUCGUAUUGAACUUCGAGGGCCAUUUUUAGAAUGGGCAUGGGAUAAGUAUCGCUGGAAAAGGGUUCUUUUUAUUGCGGGUGGUACGGGAAUUGCGCCAGCUUAUCAGCUUUUAUCUUAUGUUUUUAAAAAUAGAGAUGAACAUACUCCUGAAUUCCAUUUGAUGUAUGCAAAUAGAACUCCAAAUGAGAUAUUGUUAAAGGAAGAAUUAGAUUGCUUACAAAGAAAAUAUCCAAAAAAUCUUAAAAUUACAUACUUUGUAGACAUGUCUUUAGAUAAUAAGGUUUCUGAUAAAUAUUUUGUCAGAACAAUCAAUUUGCAAGAUAUAAAACAUGCGUUUCCUUCUUCAAUUCAUGCUGAUCCACAUACUAUUGUUUUAGUAUGUGGAACGGAUGGAUUUGUAAGUUAUAUUGCAGGCCCUAAUGGCAUAUUGCAUCGAGAACAAGGAAGUCGUGGAGGGUUAUUAGAAAAAACGAAUUAUUUAAACGUUUGGAAAUUAUAA